GUAUUUGUUGCGAGUAAAUCGUAACGGAGGGAGUAAUUCAAUUUGUACAUAUAGGUAUUUUAUCGAUAAUAAUCCAACGCCAAAUGUUGCAGUCAGUCUCGUGACCGACUAAACCUUGGGUGAAGUUUAUCCCAUGUAGGAGACAAAACUUGAAUUUCCUCUUUUUUAUUUCGAAAACAAACUUGAGUUUUCUCCAAGCAGUGGGAAAUCGUUCAAGUUUUUUGGUAUCUACACUCGAUUUCCAAGUUCCAACAUCACCGACUCUUCUGUUCCCUCGAACUUGAAAAAGUGCCCGCUUUCAUCCUCCUUUUAUCCCCACUUUCCCAGAUCUUCCACUACAGAUAUGAGGGUGGUUUUAUGUCAAGAUGAAUGUGCACUGUGAGAAUGCAUUCUUAUAGGGUAAAAUGGCAAGUAUACACCAAAGAGGAGAUGUUAUUGUUAGUGUGGGUUCCAAGUCUAAUGAAAAAGGUGAUGGUGUCCCUCUUCGAGUUGCUCGUAGGCCUAGGAAGUUCGGUUCGAUUAGUCGACAAAGGCUCUCGGUUUGGUUGUUGUUUAUUGGAGCUGUGUUCUUCAUGUACAUGUCAUUUUUCAGUGUUAAAGUGCACUUUCAUGGUGAGAAGGAAUAUGGCAUGUCGUCUUUAUUCAGUGUGCCAAAAAGAGGCCUUGAGGGUUAUGUUACCCAAUCGAGUUCUGCAACACGUGAGAAGGAAAAUGGCACUUCGUCUUUAUUCAGUGUGCCAAAAAGAGGCCUUGAGGGUUAUAUUAACCAAAGAACAAGUUCUCCAACAAGUAGGAAGGAAGAUGUCAUAUCAUCUGUCUUCAAUGUGCCAAAAAGAGGCAUUGAGAGCAAUAUACCUCCUAAAAGAAGAUCUCCUAAGCAUUAUCCUUGUGACAUUGAAUUGGCAAAGUCUGUUGAGUACAUUCUGGAGCCCAAGGACUAUCUAAACAUCACACAUUUUGAAGUGGACUAUGUUGAAAAAGAAGAGGAAUCUUUAUUGGCGAGCCCGUACAAACUCAGAUUUGCUGGUCAUCAGACCCUGGAAGCACGGGAAAGGUCAUUUAUUGCGAUAAAUCAAUCUCUGCACUGUGGUUUUGUAAAGGGGCCUAAUGGUAUGGGAAGUACUGGAUUUGAUUUGGAUGAGAAGGACCAGAAGUUUAUGAAGUCAUGUGUUGUUGUUGUGUCAUCUUGCAUUUUUGGGAGUUCUGAUUUUCUAAGACGACCAACAAGUAAAUUGAUCAGUGAAUUUUCAAAGACACAUGUCUGUUUUGUUAUGUUCUUGGAUGAGGAAACACUACAGAAACUGUUAUCAGAAGGAAAUGUUCCUGACGACAGAGGAUUCAUAGGUUUAUGGAGAAUAGUAGUAGUUAGAAAUUUGCCAUAUGAAGACAUGCGGAGAACUGGUAAGGUGCCAAAGCUCCUAGCACAUCGUCUAUUCCCAUCUUCUAGGUAUUCUAUUUGGCUUGAUAGCAAGAUGCGGCUUAAUGCUGAUCCUUUGUUGAUCCUGGAGUACUUCCUAUGGCGAACAAAAUCAGAGUAUGCCAUCUCAAAACAUUAUGAUCGCCAAUGUGUUUGGGAGGAGGUGCUCCAAAAUAAGCGUCUUAACAAGUAUAAUCACACUGCCAUUGAUGAGCAGUUUCAGUUUUACCAGUCUGAUGGGCUAACCAAGUUUAAUUCAUCUGAUCCACAUAUUCCUCUUCCAAGUUAUGUGCCUGAAGGUUCUUUAAUUAUCAGAGCCCACACACCUAUGUCAAAUCUCUUCUCGUGCCUCUGGUUUAAUGAAGUUGAUCGUUUCACUUCCCGUGAUCAACUUAGUUUUGCAUAUACCUUUUUGAAAUUGAAGCAAUCGAAUCCUGAUAAACCAUUUUUUCUUAAUAUGUUCAAGGAUUGUGAGCGUAGAGCAUUGGUAAAAUUAUUUCGCCAUAGGGAAGUUCCAUCUCCUCCAAAUCUGCCUUGAUUGAUGCUUGGUCAUGCAUUUUUUUUGUCAUGAAAAUUAUAUACGAUAGAUCUGAAUCUUGUGGAGAACUAAUGAAUUAUGCACACGUUGAUCCUCCCAGAAGCUAUAUCCUACAACACUUAUUUUACGGAUCUCUACUCAAGAAAAAUCGAUUUUGGGUGAGAUUAUUACCAUGAUGUUGGAGCUAUUUGUUAAUAGGUUAUUAUUAAUGAUUUUAGAGAUUUUUUUUAAUUUCAUUUUUUACUCUUGUAUCUAUGUUAAAUAUGAUACUUGAUAUAGACGAAUCUGUAGUUUUAGUUAUUCAUUGUAAUGGCUUAUAUACUGAAACCUAAUUAUAUUUGAAAAGAAUGAAUAAAGUUUACAGUAAUUGCACAAAAAAAUGAAUCUUGCUUGAGUUUGAAGA